GUUAAAACUCCUUAUAUGGUCAGAGCGGACGUUGGUACGCCCCGUAUUAUUGUCCCGUAUUGUCACAUUCUCCUUUGGUCGUUUUUUUUCCCCUCUUCUCCACAGUAUUGCCACAACAAGUCGGACCGAAAUCACCUGCGCUCUUUCUCAUUUCGUGUCAAGGAGCAGCUACAGGACCGCAGUUGUGACAAUAUGCAGGACCCAAAUGAAGACACAGAAUGGAAUGACAUUCUUAGGAAGAAGGGCAUCCUUCCUCCUAAAGAAACUCUGAAGGAGGAUAAGGAAGAAGAGCAGAUCAUUCAGCAACAGUCUAUUGUAAAAACCUAUGAGAAUAUGACGCUGGAGGAGCUGGAGGAGAAUGAGGAUGAGUUCAGCGAGGAGGACGAGAUUGCCAUCGAGAUGUACAGGCAGAAAAGGCUUGCGGAGUGGAAAGCAAAGCAACUGAAGAAUGUAUUUGGCGAAGUGAAGGAGAUUUCGGGUCAAGACUAUGUUCAAGAGGUUAACAAAGCCGGAGACGGCAUUUGGGUGGUGCUGCACCUCUACAAACAAGGAAUCCCAUUGUGCACACUGAUCAAUCAGCACUUGUCCUUGUUGGCACGGAAGUUUCCAGACACUAAGUUCCUGAAGUCAAUCUCUACAACAUGCAUUGCUAACUAUCCAGACAGAAAUCUGCCCACCAUCUUCGUUUAUCAUGAAGGGGAGAUGAAGGCGCAGUUCAUCGGGCCACUCAUGUUCGGAGGAAUGAGCCUCAAGUGCGAUGAGCUGGAAUGGCGUUUGGCUGAAUCCGGUGCUGUGAAGACAGACUUGGAAGAAAAUCCGAGGAAACAGAUCCAGGACCAGUUGAUUUCAUCCAUUCGCUGCUCAGCGCCGAACCACAAAGACAGUGACGAAUCUGAUGAUGACUAAUUUUGCCAGUGAUGAGCUGAAGAUGGAAAUAAUGCUUCAGAUUGAGCUACAGGAAUUUAUCUAAAAAGGUGAAAAAACUCAAUCAGUAUCACCUGCUCAGGUCACAACUCAAACACUUCAGUGGCAUAGAGAGUCUGUCGCAUGCUAGACUGGACAUUUGGAUAUCUGGAAGCAACCGAUGUAUUAAUGAGCAUCAUGAACAGGUGAUGACUGACACCAAUCCAGGCAGGAGUAGAAUAUAGUUGAAUAAUUUAUACUUUAUUUGCAUGAGUGUGUGGAUGAAGGCCCACAGGCAGGGUCAGUCACAAGCCCACCCAUCCAAGCCGCAACAGCACAACAGGGCGUUGUCCAGGGUGCUGAAACACUGGUGGGGGUUUUUUGGACAUUUAAAUUUAUGGCAUUUAGCAGACACCCAUAUCCAGAGUGACUUACACCAAUCUGAUUUUUAUAUAACUGAGGAGUUGAGGGUUAAGAGGUUUGCUCAAGGGACCAGCAAUGACAGCUUGGGUACUGGGAUUUGAAUUCAUGACCUUUCAGUCAGAAGUCCAGUGUCUUAUCUCCUGAGCUACCGCUGGACUUCACCAAAGGGAUGGGGUUGGCUAAUCACACCUCUAAAAAGCCUCACAUUCCAAGACAAAGAAGAGCACAAGGGUGAGAUACAGUAACCGUUUCUCUUUGUAUUCACUGAAGGCCCAGCGAGGAUGAGGCAACACCAGACCGAUGAAAGGAUCACUGCCACGGCCCAAGCAGACCCCACAGGACCCCAUAACCACUAACAGCCCUUCAGUGUUAACUCACAAAAGACUCAAUUACUCUAUUUUAAAUUUAGAUCCCCAAUUCCAAAAAAGUUGAGACACUGUUAAAUGUAAAUAUAAACAAAAUGCAAUGAUUUCCAAAUCAUGGAAAACCUAUAGGUUUUGGGAAUUGGGGAUUUCAUUGAAAAUCGUACAAGGACAACAUAUCAGAUGUUGAAACUGAGAAAGAUCUGUUUCUCAUUCAAUUUUGACAUUAAUUGUUAACAGGUCAGUAACAUGAUUGGGUAUAAAAAGAGCAUCCCAGAGAGGUGGAGUCUCUCAGAAGUAAAGACGGGGAAAAGGUUCAUCGCUCUGUGAAAGACAGCAUGGGCAAAUAGUACAACAAUUUAAGAAUAACAUUCCUCAAUGUAAACUUCUAAAGAAUUUCAGGCUCACAUAAUCUGUAGUACAUAAUACAGGGAUGUGAGUUUUCUGCGAAUUCGCGGAAUUCCGCUUUUUUCACCUCAAAAUUAAAAAAAAUUUUUUUUUCCGAUUUUUCGCUCAAAAAUCCGCAUUCAUAUCCUAUUCGUUCCGACUUUCAGUAAUUCCGUCAUUGAGAUGAAACGAGGUACGUGAUUGGCCCAUCGCUCUGUAACAACCAAUGAACGCGCUUGUUAGAUAGCUGUACGUAAGCUCGCUUCAAACAAAGAGUUGAAAGAUGGCAGCCUCCAUGAUCGAGCGUAAAGAUGCACCUGAUCAUCAGUUUGGUGUGUGUUUUUAAAGUAAAUAAACAUGGGGAAGAAGAAAAAACAACCCAGCUCAUUUCUUUCCCCAUAAUAAGCCUGUGAGUGGUGAUGGUGUCACUGCACGUGCGACGGAGUGACGAAGGUUGCCGUGGCAACGGGGCCUCGCGCCACCUGUUGCUUCCUGGAUGCGCAUGCUAUGAAAGCUGUGGCGAAAAGGUUAGCAUCGGAGGCUAAACCUUCUGAGGAGAAAAGAAGGGGCGGUUUUUAUUUCAGUUUGUUUUAGUUACGUCCGAAGAAACAGCAGUUUAAAUCACAGCUCUAGUUUACAAAUCAAAAUGGUUACUCAGUGAAAACAAAACAAAAGCUAGAGAGAGGGGGAGUGGUGGGAGUUUAACCCGGGAAAGUGAGUCUGUGAGGCGGCAGUGAUGCUUGACCCCUCCCGCCUCCUCUCACUUUACCUCAGAGUCUCUGCCAACUUCAUCACAGAUUAUUUCACCUUUUUCACUCAAAGUUAGUUUUAAUUUUCGCUCAAAACUUUUCCCACAGCGUGGAUGUAAGGUAAUUAUACACAAUUUUGAUUUGUUUAUUCAAUAUUAAAAUGUUAGUGCAAAUAACACAUACUUGCCAACUUUUCAAAAUUCUCAUGAGGGAGAAAAGUGCAUGAAAGACAUUUUCAACUGGCCGAGGGUCUGAUGCGCGGUUGAAAUGAUAAAAACAGUGGAUCCCAAUUAAUUGCAAACACAUUUUUUGUGAAUGUUGUUUAGUGAAAAAGUGAUUUUUAUUCUUGCAUAUGAAAAUCCUCAAGUGAGUGAACACUGUACAUUUUUGUAUAUGAGUCAAUUUCACAGAAAACGUAUUUUUUUUUGUCCGGACGUGUUUUGUUUACAUUUUGAGAUUUCUAAAACCUUUUUAUGGUCUCAUAUGAUAAAACAUUAUCAGUUCUACCUUGCAUUUCAAAAUUUGACUACUUUGGUUCAUAAAUGUGCAUUUUGUAGCAAAUUUUAGGGUCGAAAAUGAGCAAAAAUGGCUGUUCCACUGAAAAGAGACUUUUUUUCAGACAUGAUUCUUAAUGUUAGACAAAGGUGGAAUUGAAACUUUUUCAUGUUCAACGACAAGACUGUGGAAACCACAAUGGACAUAUGAUGUCACAAAUUGAAAAUGCCAUUAAGAAAAGAUAUUUUUCGAUUUUUUGUUAAUUUUUCUACCUGUCCCAGAGGUUUGUGUCAGUUCUGUUACCGUGAUUAAUCACAUAACAAAAAUAAAUGCUCCCAAAAGCUAUUAUUGAAAUUAUUUGUUGCCAAGGAUCUACAUAUUCUCACCUUUUAUAUGGAUGGCAGAAUGAACUGAAUCUGAGAAUAUUUACUUAAAAAUUUCAGUUUUGGUAAGUAGUCUAUGCAUGACUAAUUUUUUUGUGUCAAUCCUGUUACCCUGUCUAAACGGGGUGUGCAGUAACCUAAUCAAAUAUUAGAAGUUGCCAUACAUAAGAAGCAAACCGGGAGACUACCAGGAGCAAUAGAGUUUAAUAAAUAAUGGUGGAUGAAUUCUUAUGUUGCAUCAUGUUUGUUUGAAAAGGCACAUUUAGGUAUGUUCAACUUCUACAGUAAUUGAAAGUAUAAAUUUUGUUUUUCCUUAUACAAUUUUCUAUUUAUUCUAAUGUAGAUGAUUUAAUUUAGAAUGACAUUUUUAGGUUUCAUGUUUUGGCUUUUUGUCAGUUAAGAAUCAUUGAAUUUACUAUAGGGGCUCAGAGUUGCAUGUUGACCAUUAAAUUGGCUUGAAUUUGUUAAUCAUGACAAGUUUUUCUUGUGUGUUUGCUUGCCAUUUUAGUACAAUUUUUAAGUCAGAAAACCCCAGAACCCAGGAGCUUCGGGGGGCUUCGCCCUCCCUUGUCCCCCCACCAGGGCACUGCCCUGGACCAGCUGGGGGCCUGCGGCCCCCAGACCCCCGGCUAAAAUUUUCAGAUAAUUUCACCAGCCCCAAAUCACAUCCCUGAUAAUAUCAUUAAAAGAUUCAGAGAAUCUGGAGAAAUCACAAAGGGGAAGGCGAAAAACCAACAUUGGAUGCCUGUGCUCUUCAGGCCCUCAGGUGACUGCAUUAAAAGCAAACACGUGUCUGUAGUGGAAAUCAAUGUAUGGGCUCAGGAACACUUCAGAAAAGCCAUCAUCUGUGAAAACAGUUCAUUACUGCAUCCACAACCAUAUAUAAACAAUAUCCAGAAACACCGCCACCUUCUCUGGGCCUGUGCUGGAUUGGUGGAUUGAGGCGAAGUGGAAGAUUGUCCUGAGGUCUGACAAAUCAAAAGAAGAAAUUCUUUUUCAAAAUCAUGGACACCACAUCCUCCAGGCUAAAGAGGAGAGGGACCAUCUGGCUUGUUGUCAGUGCACAGUUCAAAAGCUAGUAUCUGUGAUGGUAUGGGGGCAUGGUAUGAGUAGCCUGAACAUCUGGGAAGGCAUCAUAAUGCUGAAUGAUAUAUACAGAUUUUGGAGCAACAUGCUGCCAUCCAGGGGAUGUCUUUUUUUGGGGAAGGCCUUGCUUAUUUCAUAAGACAAUUCCAAACUGCGUUCUGCACAUAUUACAACUGCAUGGCUCUGGAGGAAAAAGAGUCCAGGUGCUAAACUGGCCUGCCUGCAGUCCAGACCUGUCUCCCAUUUAAAACAUUUGGUUACCCCGAACUGUUGAGCCACUGAAAUUGUAUAAUCAGGCAAGAGUGGGACAACAUUUCACUUUCAAAACGACAGCAAUUGAUCUCCUCAGUUCCCAAACAUUUACAGAGUGUUGAUAAAAGUAGAGGUGAUGCAACACAGUGGUAAACAUGCCCAUGUCCCAAUUUUUUGGAAACUGAAAAUUUGCUGGCAUCAAAUUCAAAGUCAGCAUAUUUUUUCCACAAACAAAUACAAAUUUCUCAGUUUCAGCAUUUGAUAUGCUUUCUUUGUAUUAUUUUCAAUGACAUAUAGGGUUUCCAUGAUUUGCAAAUCAUCACAUUCUUUUUUUAUUUUUCAUUUUACACAGUGUCCCAACCUUUUUUUUAACUGGGGUUGUAGUCUGUCUUUUUUUCCUUUCACUCUUCUCUCACAGUCCCUUCCUCUUUUAUAUUUCUUAAUUAUUUUUUCCACAUUACACUCCUUUACACAAUAAUUCCUAGUCAAUGGUCUUUUGAGUGAUUGUUUUAGUUCUCACAACUUCAGUAAUACUGAAAUUGAAUCCUUGUACUACUACCGAAUUACAUUUCCAAGAAAAAAAAAAAGUUACUUUGUACUCCUGGCAUUUUUAUUUAGACCUUUAAAUUACUUGUGAAAAAUCUCAUCUCUUCUUCUCUGACCCAGCUACUGAUUGUGUAUUUAAAAUUCCACUUUUAAUUAAGGGUGGCAAGGUGGUGUAGUGGUUAGCGCUGUCGCCUCACAGCAAGAAGGUCCGGGUUCGAGCCCCAUGGCCGGCGAGGGCCUUUCUGUGCGUAGUUUGCAUGUUCUCCCCGUGUCCGCAUGGGUUUGCUCCGGUUUCCCCCACAGUCCGAAGACAUGCAGGUUAGGUUAACUGGUGACUAAAUUGACCAUAGAUGUGAAUGGUUGUCUGUGUCUAUGUGUCGGCCCUGUGAUGACCUGGCAACUUGUCCAGGGUAUACCCCACCUUUUGCCCGUAGUCAGCUGGGAUAGGCUCCAGCUUGCCUGCGACCCUGUAGAACAGGAUAAAGCGGCUAGAGAUAGUGAGAUGAGACUUUUAAUUAAGUAAGAUUUUCACACAUGUUCUAUACUUUCACUGACAUAAUUUCUCAGUACCUUUUGAAACCCUGGAUCCUAUACUCCCUAUUAAAUUGGUGCAUCCUGAGUAGAUUAAAAUUAUUUAAAAUUAAUGACCCCUUACUUAGAGUUCAAUCUGCUCUAAGGAAAUUUAACUGGUGGAAAACAAAAUGGAGCUUACAGGCAAAAUCUGCUGUUUCUUCCUUCGAAGAGUAAACUUAGGUGAAAGACGCAUCAACGGGUGGACGGAGUGAGACUAGAAAAAAAGUUGCAAUAGUUAGGUCUGAGUGAAAAACCUUUCCCCAAAGAAUUCACUAAGCAUUAUCUUUACCUCUCUUGCUACAGUGCCAACUGAAUUCCGGGCCUUCGAGUAGUGAAACAAGAACUGGAAAGAAGACAGCUCCAUUAGCAGUCCACUUGAUAUAUACCAGAGCUGUUAUUGAAAAACUCAUAAUAAAGUUCCCAAGUCACAGACUAACCCGUUUAAAGACGUUCUGAAUCUGCUCCUGAAAGAUGAAGGCACAAAUAUUAAUAUACAGUGUCUUGCAAAAGUAUUCAUCCCCCUUGGUGUUUAUCCUGUUUUGUCGCAUUACAAUCUGGAAUUAAAAUGGAUUUUUGGGGGGUUAGCACCAUUUGAUUGACACAACAUACCUACCACUUUAAAGGUGCAAAUUGUUUUCAUUUUAUUUUUUAUUGUGACACAAACAAUAAUUAAGAUGAAAAAAAAAACAGAUAUCUGAAUUUAAACAGAAAUUACAGCUUGUAAUGCAACAAAACAGGACAAAACACGAAGGGGGAUGAAUACUUUUGCAAGACACUGUAAUAUCAUUAACAUUUUCAGUGUAUUAAUUACAUCAACAUAGCAGGUUCUUGAUUGAACAUGUAUAUUGAAUACAUGUUCAAGAUUCUAGCACCAGACAAUCUAAUAUCUUAAAACUGGUGAUAGUGUAUGCUAAUCUACAAAUAACAAAACACAAAUCUUGAAUACUACUCCCCUCACCUUGUUCUGGUCUCCCCACAUGAGUCCACACAUAGAGCUCUGCACAACUGUACCCUGAAAGAAAAAGAAAAAAAAUCAUCCAGAUUAAUCUGGCGACUUUUUCUGUAAGGUGAUGUUUGGUUAACAUUUCUGGAAGGAGUCUCCAGUGUCAGUGCUUUGUAAAAGUCAGAGGUAAUACAGCAGAUCAAAAGGUGCAGGCUAUCUGCUAGUACCUCAUAUAGUGAAGGCUACAUCAAGGGGCAGAACCUUUUCUUACAAAGCCCCACAGUUAUGGAACAGCCUUCCAAGUAGUAUUCGGGACUCAAACGCAGUCUCAGUGUUUGUCUAGGCUGAAAAACAUAUCUGCCUUUUGUUAAUAGUUUUUAUUAGGUAAAGGAGUAGAUCUGGAGGGGGCGGCACAGUGGUGUAGUGGUUAGCGCUGUCGCCUCACAGCAAGAAGGUCCGGGUUCGAGCCCCGUGCCUGGUGAGGGCCUUUCUGUGUGGAGUUUGCAUGUUGUCCGCGUGGGUUUCCUCCGGGUGCUCCGGUUUCCCCCACAGUCCAAAGACAUGCAGGUUAGGUUAACUGGUGACUCUAAAUUGACCGUAGGUGUGAAUGUGAGUGUGAAUGGUUGUCUGUGUCUAUAUGUCAGCCCUGUGACGACCUGGCGACUUGUCCAGGGUGUACCCUGCCCUUCGCCCACAGUCAGCUGGGAUAGGCUCCAGAUUGCCUGCGACCCUGUAGAACAGGAUAAAGCGGCUAGAGAUAAUGAGAUGAGUAGAUCUGGAGGGUCCUCAGGCAUAGCAUGUUUUGGUAAACUGGGAUGUAUGGAUGCUGUCAUCCCCCCACUCACUCGCUCACUCGGGUUCGUUGGCUGUGUAGUGGCUGGUUGCUUUAUGUCCCAGGGCACCCUCAUGUCUGUGUUACCUUUUGGCUCUCCCCUUUUAGUUAUGCUAUCAUAGUUAGUUUUGCCAGAGUCCCAGCUUGCACUCAGCGCAAAACGUAUCCUGUUCUUACUCAUUAGGUGACAUUGGACAUACCUAACGACCUGUGUUUUCUCUCUCUCUUCCCCCCCAUCCCUCCCUCUG